AUGGAGAGGGGAAACCAAACCAGCGUCUCAGAAUUCCUCCUCCUGGGACUGUCCGAUCAGGCAGAGCAGCAGCUGCUCCUCUUUGUGUUGUUCCUCUGGAUGUACCUGCUUGGGGUCCUGGGGAGCCUGCUCAUCGUCCUGGCCAUCGGCUCUGACCCACACCUGCACACCCCCAUGUACUUCUUCCUCACCAACCUCUCCCUGGCCGACGCCUGCUUCCUGUCCACCACGGUCCCCAAGAUGCUGGUCAACAUUCAGACCCAGAGCAAAUCCAUAUCCUACGCUGGCUGCCUGACGCAAAUGUAUUUCUUCAUUCAGUUAGGGACUCUGGACCACUUUCUCCUCACCGGAAUGGCUUUUGACCGCUACGUGGCAAUAUGCCACCCACUCCACUACACCACGAUCAUGAGCCCACGGCUCCUGGCCAUAUUGGUUAGUGUGGCUUGGAUAAUCAGUGGCCUUUAUGCCCUCAUACAUACUCUAUUGGUGGUUCGGUUAUCCUUCUGCAUGGACAAUGAAAUCCUCCACUUCUUCUGUGAACUUAACCUGAUCCUAAAACUUUCCUGCACUGACACCAUCAUCAAUGAUGUGUUACUGUAUGUACUGAUUGUGGUGGUUGGUGUAGGUCCCAUUGCAGGCCUCAUUUUCUCUUACACUCACAUUGUUUCAACUGUUUUAAAAAUAUCAUCUGCCAGGGGAAGGAGUAAGGCUUUCUCUACCUGUGGCUCUCACCUGGCUGUGGUCUUUCUGUUCUAUGGCAGUGCCCUUGGGGUCUACCUCAGCCCCAAGUCUACCCAAGCAUCCCGGCAAGGCUCGAUAGCAUCUGUGGUGUACACAGUGGUCACCCCUAUGCUGAACCCUUUCAUUUACAGCCUGAGGAACAAGGACAUGAAACGGGCCCUGAGAAAUGUGUUCUGCAGGAAACGUCUUUUCUUUCAGACGCUGUGA